UAAAAAAAUGUUAGGGUAGUGGGUUGAAGUGGGGUUUAAGUUCCUCUUCUUCUACCCCACUCAUACCUUUCCCCUUGUUCCAACUUCCAAACCGAAACCUCAAGGAUCAAGCAGAAUGAGUCGACAUCCUAUUUUAAAGUGGGCCCAGAGGGACGAUUUGGUUUAUAUAACAAUUGAUCUGCCGGAUGCUAAGGAUGUGAAGCUGAAACUGGAGCCAGAGGGAAAGUUUCACUUCUCGGCGACAAGUGGCGCUGAUAAUAUACCUUAUGAAAUAGAUAUCAACCUUUAUGACAAGGUAGAUGUCAAUGAGAGCAAGGCUAGUGUCGGGUCAAGAAAUAUUUUGUACCUUGUAAAGAAGAAAGAGAGUAAAUGGUGGAACCGACUUGUAAAGGAAGAGGGAAGAACCCCGGUGUUCAUCAAGGUUGACUGGAACAAGUGGGUGGAUGAAGAUGAACAGGAUGAAAAGGCAGCUGGGCCUGACAUGGAAUAUGAUGACGUUAAUUUCUCGAGUCUCAACAUUGGUGGUGGCGGAGAAGAAGAUUAUGAAGAUGAUGAUGAGAGUGAUAGCGAAGAAGAAACAGAAAGUAUCACGGAGGAGCAAACUGUUAGCAGUGAACCGGGUGCCAGCAGCAGUCAAGUUGAGGUUAAAUGUUAAACUGUAGUAGAUGUGUGACUUGGCUAGCUUUUUUUGUUUGCCUUUGAUACCUGGGUUAUUUUUGGGGUCAAAUAACAAGAGAGAUUGUUGGUUUGUCUGACCCUUUGAUUUUUGAGGACUGAUAUUUUUGUAGAAAUACAAACAUUGGUACUCGAUAGCAUAACGAGACUGUUUUGCAAAUCCGGUUCGGAUAA